UGCGACUGGCUUGCGGAAUCUUCGUAGCAACUGCGCAUUUACACCGAGUUCUGCCACCCAAAGGAUUUAAACAAACGCAGUCAUGGCUUCAUCCAUCUCCUGCGCGCUCUUUCUAUUGGUAUCAAUCGUUCUCCCAGUGUCUUUUGCGUUAUCGGGGGAAUAUUGUCACGGCUGGACGGAUUCAUUCAACUCCUGGCACCGGGGAUUCCAGUGUCCGGAGCGCUUUGACGGCGAGGAUGCGCGGUACUGCUGCGGGACAUGCGCUCUCAAGUACUGCUGUACGUACGCAGAGGCUCGCCUCGAUCAGAGCACCUGCGACACUGGAUCGGAAUCUGAAAACACGGAUGAUGUGAGAAUGUUGACAGAAAGUGUUCCAACCUAUCUGCCUUUUGUGAUUGUGGUGAGCGCGUUCCUGUCGUUCGUUCUGGUCGGUGCGGUUGUAUCUAUCUGCUGCUGCCAGUGUGUGAAACCCAAAGCGAGCGAACGGCCAACGGGUCCAUCCGCUGCUCAGACCAGCCUGUUGGAGUCCGGAGGACCUUCUGUGGACAACUCCACACCGUCCCGCACCUCCACUUCAGGCUCCUCCUUGACAAACGCUCGUCCUCCACCAUCCGAGCUCAGCGUGAACCUCUACGGCCCGAUGGGAAACGCAUUCCCAACUGCUCAGGCCCAACAGUAUGUUCCUCCACUCCCACAAGGGGCGCCACAGUUUUAUCAGCCCUACAUGAAUUACGCUCUCCCUCCGGAACGCAGCAUGCUGAUGGCCCCUGCGUUUUUGGAUGCCCGUCCUGCAUUCGGGCAAGUGCACGGACAGCCUUUUCCUCAGGGGCCCAUGCACACGGAGCCCAUCUAUCCCACUGUCACUAUCUGAUAAUGUUUAUAACUAACUACAAAUGGACUAUAAAACUGUGUGGGAAUAAGGAUGUCUCAGGGAUACUUUCUUGGAUGAUUUCCACAAACAUUUUCUGUAUCCACACAAACGCAAUCAUGACUGACAUCAGGUCAUGGUUGGUACCUUUUUAUGAUGUAUUAAUACUUCUCAUAGGAGUGUAUUUGCAUGAACACUUGAUUGUUUGCU